UCUUUCUUGUCAAAGUUAAUCGCAUGAAUUUUUUCAUUAUUAAUUUUCUCUCUGCUGAGUUUUCCGAAAAUGAUUGGUACUUCUGUACAGUCGUUAGAAAAAAAUAAAAAUCACCAAAACGAGACCCGUCCAAAGUCAGCCUACAGCCGCAACGAAAAAGGAGGCGACAAGCUCUUCAGUUUCUUCCUGCAAAAAACCCCGAGUGUCCUUCUACGAGAACUCUCCUCUUUUCUGACCGACAGCGUCGACCUUCCGUCACUCCUCCACGAAACCUGCGACGUUUUGAAGAACGUGACGAGAGCUUAUGGAUAUGCUUUGUACAUGGUGGACGCUAAUUUGGAUGAAAUCUACCUGACACGAAGGCUCGGUGAAGGCAGAUCCCGGUGGAAGAUCGAAGAAGGGACGAUAAUCGCCGCUUUCGUUGCCACCAAAAAGGAGUACGUGAUGCUGGACAACUACACGAGGGAUGAGAGGUUUCCGGACGGGGUGGCCCGCAAGGGGGAGGCCAUCAAGUCGGUGCUGUGUGUACCCGUGGUGACCCCAGACGGGGAUUGUCUCGCCGUCAUCGAGUUGUUCACGCUGAUGAAUCAAGGGAACUUCUCCAAAGACGACCUCAAGAUCACCAUCGUGGUCACGGGCUGGAUGGGAGCGGCCAUCCACCAAAACCAACAAAGAGUGGCCUUGAAGAAGCAGCAAGAGCUCAACGAGUAUCUUCUCGACUUGACUAAGAACUAUUUCUCCGACACGGUCCAGAUGGAGAAAAUGAUUUCCGACGUGGUCCGAUUUGCCAAAGAAACCCUCGGCGCCGAGCGCGGCUCCUUCUUCAUCAUCGACAAAGAAAACGAGGAGCUCGUGGCCGACCUCUUCGACGAAGGAAUCGACGACCACGACACGGGUCUCCACAAGAAGAACACAAAAAUCCGCUUCGGCAAAGAGCGAGGGAUCGCGGGUCUCGUGGCCCGAACAGGCGUCUCCGUAAACAUCAAAGACGCCUACAACGAUCCGCGCUUCAACAAAGAGAUCGACCAGAAAACCGGCUUCACCACGAAGUCGAUCCUGUGCAUGCCCAUUAUGGGAGUGGAGGGAAUCUUGGGCGUCGUCCAGGUCGUGAAUAAAAUAAACGGCGGCACCUUUUUCACCUCGACCGACGAAAACUUGUUCAAAACAUUCUCGGUGUACUGCGCCCUGGCUCUACACUACACCAAAGUCAACAUCGAGAUGAACAAAAUGAUGCACGUGAGCAACAUUUCGUUGAAGCUGUUGCGGCUCCAGCUGAAGCCGUGCACUCACGAUAUGGAUGACUUCAUUGUUCAUCCCGACACAAAAAUUCCGUCGGAUUUUUAUCAAUUUUACUGGUACAUCAACCUCAAUAAUUUCGGUCUGAUGCCUCAGUACGUCCUCUAUAUGAUUCUACAAGUGGUUCAUGUGUCAGAAAUCAACAUCAAAAAUAUGAUGCAAUUCAUUCUUUCGGCGCGGAAACUCUACAGGAAUAAUCCGUACCACAAUUUUGAGCAUGCGUUCAACGUGUGUCAUUGCAUGCAUGCCAUUUUGAGGCGAAAUUUGAAGAAGUUUUCCGUGAUUGAGCUCAAGUCCCUAAUAAUCGCUGCUCUCGGCCACGACCUGGACCACGGCGGCUUCACCAACAACUUUUUACAAUUAAUAAACGACGACCUGGCCCAGCUGUACGACGAGUCGUUUCUGGAGAACCACCACUUCAGAGUAACCAUGACAAUCCUCAACGACUGCGAAAUCUACAGCAACUUGUCCGAAAAUACCUACAGGAUGAUAAACAAAGAAAUAAAAGAGGCCAUCUUGGCGACCGAUCUAGCGCUGUAUUUUAAAUUUAGAGCGAAACUGGCUCAGAUUUCGAACGAAGGUUUAUUUGAUUGGGGAAAUUCGAUGCAUAGGACGUACGUUAAAGCUAUUAUGAUGACAAGUUGUGACUUGUCGGGACAGUGCAAGCCCUUCUUUGUGGCGAAGCGGAUUACCGAUAAUUUAUACAGGGAGUUCUACCACCAGGGCGACAUGGAGAAGAAAAUGGGACUGCAUCCUUUGUCUAUCAUGGACAGGGAAAAGCAGCACACAAUCCCUGAAGAUCAAGUACAGUUUUUGAACAUCGUGGUGAUUCCGUGUGUGGAUUUGCUGCGAGUGGUGUUACCGAACACUGAAGACUUGUAUUUUGAAGCUUGUAACCUACGCGACGCGUGGCAGGACAUAAUCAACAAACGAGAAGAGAGAAAAAUGAUAUAAAUAAAUUUAUUUGAGUAAAUACAACUGACAUAA